AUGAGCCGGUCCCACGCGGCCCUGCUGGGCCUGGGCCUGCUGCUCAUGCUGCUACUGUACGUGGGGCUGCCGGGCCCCCCUGAGCCCACUCCCUGGCUCUCGGGAGACCCCAAUGUCACCAUGCUGGUCGGUCUCACCCGGGGCAACUCCCGCAUCUUCUACCGCGAGGUGCGCCCACUCCACCGGGCACGAAGGCCCGAGGUGGUGCUGCUCCACGGCAAGGCCUUCAGCUCCAGCACGUGGGAGCAGCUGGGCACGCUGCUGCUGCUGGCACACCGCGGCUACCGCGCGGUGGCCCUGGACCUCCCAGGUUUUGGGAACUCAGCACCGUCCAAGGAGGCGAGCACGGAGGCGGGGCGGGCGGAGCUGCUGGCGCGCGCGCUGGGGCAGCUGGAGGUGCGCCAGGCCGUGCUGGUGAGCCCCUCGCUGAGCGGCCGCUAUGCGCUGCCCUUCCUGGUGCGGGAGCACCCGCAGCUGCGCGGCUUCGUGCCCAUCGCGCCCGCCUCCACCCUCAACUACACGCGGGAGCAGCUCCAGGCCGUGAAGACCCCCACGCUCAUCCUGUACGGGGAGCUGGACCGCACCCUGGCGCGGGAGUCCCUGCGGCAGCUGCGCCACCUGCCUCAGCACUCCGUGGUGAAGCUGCACAACGCAGGGCACGCCUGCUACCUCCACCAGCCCGGCGACUUCCACCGGGCCCUCCUCGCCUUCCUGGACCAGCUGCCGUGA